AUGGCACCAACAAAGGUCGGAAUCAAUGGCUUCGGUCGUAUUGGACGCAUUGUCUUUCGCAAUGCCAUCGAGCACGACGAUAUUGACAUCGUCGCCGUGAACGAUCCUUUCAUCGAGCCACACUAUGCCGCCUAUAUGCUCAAGUACGACUCCACCCACGGACAGUUCAAGGGCGACAUCAAGGCUACCGACAACGGAUUGGAGGUCAAUGGCAAGCACAUCAGAUUCUACACUGAGCGCGACCCAGCAAACAUCCCAUGGAGCGAGACCGAUGCUUACUACAUUGUUGAGGCUACCGGAGUCUUCACCACCACCGACAAGGCAAAGGCUCACUUGAAGGGAGGCGCCAAGAAGGUUGUCAUCUCUGCUCCAUCUGCCGAUGCUCCUAUGUACGUUAUGGGCGUCAACGAGAAGACCUACAAGUCCGACAUCGAGGUUAUCUCCAACGCCUCUUGCACAACCAACUGCCUUGCUCCUCUCGCCAAGGUCAUCAACGAUGAGUUCACCAUCAUUGAGGGUCUCAUGACCACCAUCCACUCCUACACUGCUACCCAAAAGACCGUCGAUGGUCCAUCCGCCAAGGACUGGCGUGGAGGCCGAACUGCUGCUCAGAACAUCAUUCCUAGCAGCACCGGUGCCGCUAAGGCUGUCGGAAAGGUCAUCCCAGAGCUCAAUGGCAAGCUUACUGGAAUGUCUAUGCGUGUACCAACAUCCAAUGUCUCUGUUGUUGACUUGACUUGCCGUCUCGAGAAGGGUGCUUCUUACGAUACCAUCAAGGCUGCCAUCAAGAAGGCUGCUGAUGGUCCUCUCAAGGGUAUACUUGCUUACACCGAAGAUGAGGUUGUUUCCACCGAUUUGAACGGAGAUACCCACUCCAGCAUCUUCGAUGCCAAGGCCGGUAUUUCGCUCAACGAUAACUUUGUGAAAUUGGUUGCUUGGUACGAUAACGAGUGGGGUUAUUCUCGCCGUGUCCUCGAUCUCCUCAGCUACAUCUCCAAGGUCGAUGCAGGAAAGUAG